CACCUAUCCCGCUGUGCGCUCUUCCCGGACCACCACCGCGAACCCCGCCCCAGGCCUCUGGGAUCCCCGUCGCAUCCACCGAAUGAGGAGCGCCUACUGCAGAUCUCUCCAGACGUGAUUGGGGGGUCCUAUCUGUCCGCCGGCUCUGUGCGGUUUUGGGGUGCCACGGAGGUUUCCUAGCUGAGUGGCUACCCAGUAUGGCGGAGGCCUAGGGCAGGCUCCAGAGUUUGCCUAGUCGACCCCAGGAGUCUGAAGAGCCUGGUGGCCUCCCUGGCCCAGGACACUACUCUGGUGCAGACCAGGAGCCUCCCAAGGGUAUCAAGGAGCCUUGAUACCCCAGCGGUAUCAAGACGUCCUGGCAGUGAGACCUGUCCCCGCUCCCCAUGUGUCCUCCAUCCCCUCUGUCAGGCUUGGAGCUGAGAUUCCCCUGCUGGGACAGUGGGCAGGGUGGGGCCCUGAUCUCCAUAAACAUGAGGUAGGUUUCAUAACAAUCCUGGCAUUAGUGGUCAUUUUAUUACAUCAGGGACAGUAAAACUCACCAGCGGACACUCCCCAGUCCUGGCCCUGGUGGUGUAGGUGUGGCUGUGUGCCAAGGCUGCUCUGUUAACUCGGACUAAUGCCCCCACUCCCCCUUGUUUUGUGCCCAGUCCCCCACUGCCGCACAGCCAAGCUGACCAGUAUGACCUCAGCUGGGACCAGCAGCUCAACCUGGCCUACGUGGGUGCUGUCCCUCACGGUGGCAUCCAGCAGGUUCGGACCCACUGGAUGCUGGACCUCGUCACGGCCAGGUCUGUUGAUGCGCCAGGCUUGUCCUCACUGGAAGCCCUCAGACCCCCUACCAGCCCACCUGCCUGUGCUCCUCACCAGCCAAGACCCGAAGCCUGAGCUCACCGCUGGCUGCUGCAUCGCCCUCAGCUCCAGGCGGGGUGCUCUGCUCGUCCCGCUCCCUGGCCUAGGCCUGACCACCGAGCACCAGCUUCCUGGCCCAGCCCCCAACACCAGGGGGUCAGCUGGGCAUGGCCUGAGCUACAACUUCACUCACCUGGACCGGUACCUGGACCUUCUCAGGGAGAACCAGCUCCUCCCGGGCUUUGAGCUGAUGGGCAGCCCCUCCGGACACUUCAUUGACUUUGAGGACAAGCAGCAGGUGUUUGAGUGGAAGAACCUGGUCUCCCUCCUGGCCAGGAGAUACAUCGCUAGGUAUGGACUCAAGCAUGUUUCCAAGUGGAAUUUUGAGACAUGGAAUGAGCCGGACCACCACGACUUUGACAACGUCUCCAUGACUUUGCAAGGCUUCUUGAACUACUACGAUGCCUGCUCUGAGGGUCUGCGUGCUGCCAGCCCGGCUCUGCGCCUGGGUGGCCCUGGGGACUCCUUCCACCCACCACCGGGCUCCCCACUGUGCUGGGGCCUCCUGGGACACUGUCACAAUGGCACAAACUUCUUCACCGGGGAGGUGGGCGUGCGGCUGGACUACAUCUCCCUCCACAAGAAGGGCGCAGGCAGCUCCAUCCGCAUCCUGGAGCAGGAGGUGGCAGUCGUGGGGCAGAUACAGCGGCUCUUCCCCAAGUUCACUGACACCCCCAUUUACAAUGAUGAGGCGGACCCACUGGUGGGCUGGUCCCUGCCGCAGCCCUGGAGGGCCGACGUGACCUACGCUGCCAUGGUCGUGAAGGUCAUCGCGCAGCACCAGAACCUGCUGGUGGCCAACACCAGCUCCGCCGUGCGCUACGCGCUCCUGAGCAAUGACAACGCCUUCCUGAGUUACCACCCGCACCCCUUCUCACAGCGCACGCUCACCGCACGCUUCCAGGUCAACAACACGCGCCCACCGCACGUGCAGCUGCUGCGCAAGCCAGUGCUCACAGCCAUGGCACUGCUGGCCCUGCUUGACGGCGAGCAGCUCUGGGCCGAGGUGUCUCAGGCCGGGAUGGUGCUGGACAGCAACCACACGGUGGGCGUCCUGGCCAGCACUCACCGCCCAACUGGCCCCGCUGACACCUGGCGUGCCACGGUAUUGGUCUAUGCGAGCAAUGACACCCAUGCCCACGCCAACCGCAGCGUCACCUUGACGCUGCGCCUGCACGGGGUGCCCCCCGGCCCAGCAUCUGGCUCUGCAGGGCUCGUCUUUGUAACAUUCUACAUGGACAACUGGUCCUGCAGCCCCCACCGCGAGUGGCAGCGCCUCGGCAGGCCGGUCUUCCCCUCUGUGGAGCAGUUCCAGCGCAUGCGCGCGGCUGAGGACCCGGUGGCCGUGACGCCGCGCCCCUUCCCCACCAGUGGCCAGCUGACCCUGAGUCCCGAGCUUCCCCUGCCCUCACUCCUGCUGGUGCACGUGUGUGCGCGCCCUCAGGAGCCCCCAGGCCAGGUGACUCGGCUCCGUGCUCUGCCCUUGACCCGUGGGCAGCUGCUUUUGGUCUGGUCGGAUGUGCGUGUGGGCUCCAAGUGCCUGUGGACCUAUGAGAUCCAGUUCUCCCCGGAUGGUGGGGCCUACGCGCCCAUCAGCAGGAAGCCUUCGACCUUUAACCUCUUCGUGUUCAGCCCAGACGGGGCUGUCGUCUCUGGCUCCUACCGGGUUCGUGCGGUGGACUACUGGGCCCGGCCAGGCCCCUUCUCGAGUUCUGUGCAGUAUCUGGAGGUCCCGGCACCCUGAGGGCCACUGCUGCCCGGCGAUGAGCCUGUGCUGACCGGUGAGCUGGGGCGGCCAGGGGCCCUGCUGGGCUGGACCACCAUCAGCCUGUCCGACAGUCACCCCCUCUGUUUGCCCCUCCUGCCCCUCACUCAACCUCUUAAAGUGCCUUUCCACACA